UCUUAUUUAAGACACUUUUCCAUUCAGUUGUGUCUUAAUUUAUUGGGCGGUCACAUUGAAGCACCGCCCUAACACUAAAACUGUGUUACAACCAUACAACCAGGCCUAAAUCAAUUUUAAAAUUUGAAUUUGGAGGCAUUGGCGCGUUCACCAUUAUCGAUUUGUUCCAAUUCUCAAUUCCCACCUUUCUUCGGUACUUUUGCUUUUUGCCAGCAACAACACUACUGAAAACUUUCCCCCAAGUGCAUUUCCAUCUGCAUCUUUGCGUUCAAAAUGUCUACUGGCGUUGGGAAAAAGGAGAAGAGAAGGCCAAGCAGGGCAGAUGCUUCUCUUCCUCCUCCUCCCAACCAGGAAAUGGGGUCUGAACACAAGUACAAGCGCAGAGACAGAGAGAAAGAGAAAGAGAACCCUCCUCUUCACACGGCGAGGAAUGGCGUAAUCGAGGGUCGCGGCGGCAGGGGACUGUCCACGAGGAAUAAUAAUUCCUCUGCCUCCAAACACAAUAGCUCCACAAUGCCUCUGAAGCACACCGUCAGGUCGGGGGUUCGAAACGCCGGCAGAUCAGAGGAGCCUAGGCAAGUUGCAAAGGAAAAGGAAGAAGCUCAAAGUCUCAGUCUCAGGUGGUCUACUUCUUCUUUGCCCUCCUCAACGAAUAAUAACAACGGUAAGUCCUCUUCCUCUGUUGCAUGCAUUAUCUCCGAUCUGCAACGGCAACGACAACAGAGAGAAAGAGAGAGAGAAUGCCGUUCACGACCAGUUUUGCAGAAUAGCAUGGGUGCCGAGGAAGAGGAUGAAAGGAUGAUGAUACCCUCUUCACCUAAGCCUCCACCUGCUCCUUCCACCACCGAUCAAACAAAGAAGAAAAACCAAGUGAAAGAUGAAGAAGAGAAUGUAAAAGGGUCUGAAGAGGUGAGAGUGGAAGGUAAUAACUCUUUUCCAAGUAAGAUUCAUGAAAGGCUUGCCUCUCUGGAGAAAAGAGUGAGUCAGAUUUCUUCCGAGCUUAGGAGGACCAAGGAAAUGUUGGAUGCCAACAAUACUCACAAGUCUAUGACCAUGCUUUCUGAUAUACACCUUAAGAUUAGCUGUAUUGAGAAGGCCAUGACCGCCGAUAGCUUUAUCGGGGAGGACAGCGAGGAAGAUGGUUCACUGAUUCAUAUGCCCACUAAAUCUGACGAUCCUGCCAAUCGAAGCCCCGGUUCCCAUAAAAAGGAGGACGAUUUACAGGAAUCGUCUCCAUCUCUGAAGAAACGCUUGAGUCAUCAGGAAUUGGAAGAUAGAUUGUUUCCCCACCAAAAAUUGUUAAGAAGCCGGUCGUCCAUUCAACUCACUGUGCUCAAGCCUAAGUCAGAAAAUUUGUGCAAAAAUUCCUCUGACUCCCAUGCUCAGGAUAUAUCAGAAAAAGAAUUGCUCAGUCCCAUUGACGAGGACCCCAUUGCUGCAGAGUUUUUAACUGCACUUAAUCACAAGUACAAUGUUUUAUCAGGGGACAACACCGACAACUUAAUGUCUAGUAAAUCAGAUGAAAUGAAUCAAGGACCUGCUUUGCCAAUUUCCGACAGAAAUGAGAAUGAUCAUUCCCGUAUUGUAUCUCGACAUGGGUAUUCUGUUGAAGGCAUUGACACUGACUGCAACGAGCACAUUCUUGCAUGUGAUCUUGCAUGUGAUGAGACCAUGGAAUUUAAUGAUAAGGAAAAUGACCAACCAUGUGCAUGCAAUGCAGAAGAAAUUGAAGAAACUUCCCUCGAUCGAUUGACUCAGCUUGGCCAUAAGACAUCUACUGCAGGUUGGUUUGUCUCAGAAGGAGAAUCUAUUUUGCUUGCUCAUGAUGAUGGCAGCUGUUCUUUUCACGACAUAGUGAAUUCUGAGGAGAAAGCUGAAUACAAAGUUCCUCAUAGGCAAACCCCAAACUCAUGGGGUGAUUGCUGGUUGAUUAGAGCUGCCGGUUCAGAUGGUCGCUCAUGUAAAUAUGUUGUGGCGGCAUCGACUGGUAGUACUUUGAACAAUGGUUUCUGUUCAUGGGAUUUCUAUAACAAAGAGAUUGUGGCAUACCAUACUGAAGCAGAGCUCUUCACUUGCCCAUCUAGUACUUUUUCUUCCAUCUCCACCCAGACGAGUGUGUUAAGGACAAAUUCUUGCCUUACAAAUCUUGUGCCUGAAAAUCAGCAUUGGUGGUAUAGACCAUGUGGGCCACUCUUGGUAGCUACUGCCAGUUCUCAAAAGACGGUUAUUGUUUAUGAUAUCCGCGAUGGUGAUCAUGUGAUGAAAUGGGAUACACAAAGAAACGUAACUAACAUGAAUCAUUCUAGUCCAUUGCAAUGGAGAAAUAAAGGCAAGGUUGUUGUAGCAGAAACUGAAUCUAUCAGCCUUUGGGAUGUUAGUUCUCUGGAGCCUCGAUCUUUGCAUCGUGUUGUCUUUCCAGGUAGAAAAGUUUCAGCUCUUCACGUGCAUAACACAGAUUCAGAGUGCACUGGUGGUGUACGGCAGAGGGUAAGUUCCGCAGAAUCAGAAGGCAAUGAUGGACUCUUCUGCACUCAAGAUGCAAUUAAUGUCUUUGACUUCCGUGUGCCUUCUGGAGUAGGCCUCAAAAUCCCAACAUUUGGAGAAAAUGUGCAGUCUAUAUUUGCUCAGGGUGAUUUGAUUUUUGCUGGGGUUGUAACCCCCAGGUUCUCUUCAAAGAUGGCUGUUCAAUGUAGAGUGAAUCAAUGGUCAAUUAGGGGAGGGAAGCCUGCAUGCGUGUAUACGCUCCCAGAGUCCAAUGUCCGCUUUGAAGAGUCUUCUGUUCCUCAAGUCUGGGGCUCUGCGAACUUGGUAAUGGCUAUCAAUGGAGGUGGGUUAUCAAUAUUUGAUUCACGCAGGGAAGAUAAUGUCCAAAGCAGGGAAAACGAUCAUUUAAGAACAAAAGCAAUGAGGGAAAUAAUAGGACCAGAUGACUUGAAAUGCUCUUCUUUUGAUUAUGCAGGAUCAAGCAUUCUACUUAUCUCCAAAGAUUGCCCUGCUUUCUGGAGGUACCUGUCAUAGUCUGGCAACAAAAUAAAAAAAUAUUGUAUAAUUUGCUACUGCCUCUCUUUGUUUUUGUGAAUUAGAAUUUUUGUUUUACUUAAAUAACAUAUUAUUUAUGGCAGAUGUGAGAUAUUUAAUUUUGUUACUUCAAAUUGUUCAAAGCCUCUGAACUCCAGAAUUUAACUAGUUGUUUUUGGCUGCUCA